UACUCAGAAGCAUGUUUGGAGCUCUGUCGCGAGAUGGAUAUCAAGGCAAUUGAUCUGUGGUCUGCACUCCAGAAAAGGGAUGACUGGAGAGAUGUUUGCUUCACGGAUGGAGUUCAUCUGACUUGUGAGGGGAGCAACAUAGUGGCAAAAGAGAUACUAAAGGUCCUCAAAGAAGCAGAAUGGGAACCUAGCCUGCACUGGAAGUCAAUGCCAACUGAAUAUGCAGAAGAUUCACCUUAUGAUCCAAUUGGCCCUGAUGGAAAGACAAAUAUGAAUAUCUGCAACUGGACCUUCCUGGAAACUACAGAAUGGGACUAGAUUUGCGUGUAUUUGAAAAAUAAAUAUGUCCCAGUUCGUAGAAUCCUUAGCCAAUAAUGACAAAAUAACAGGUAUUUGGCACCGUGACUAAAGAAAUAUACGGUGCUCUUAGUUUCCAUAUCUGCAUCAUUUGAAAACUUCUCCUAAAACAACUCUUGCUUGGUCCGUGGUAUCAAUUAUAAUAAUUAGUUUUUAAAUUAUAA